AUGAAAACUUUUGGUUUAGUAACCAAAGCUCUCCUCGGAGUAGCGCCUCGGAUAAACGAUGCCUUAUUCGGCAGCAAUGACUCUUUUACGAUAGGGCCGGUUGUGCCAUGUGCUGCGCUCACUAACAGCACUAGAAGUGUCUUCGCAACUCCUACAGUCAACAUUCCGGAUCUUGCGUUGGUGUCGACGAUAAGCCUCAUCACUACCCCUGUUGUGCGGUUGGACGCUGUGCGGAAUGAUGAGGGGGUUACGUUUUCGGAGCAGUUGGUAGACAGCGUACCGCCAAGGAUCACCAUCGACACGAUUAUAGCUGUGGUCAGACCCCAAGAGAUCACAGAGGCUGAUUCUGAGCAGGUAACAAUUGCGCCAGCCUCACCUGGCCUAUCUGAUAUAUCCUCUCCUAUCUCUGUAACGUCUUCGGAUUACCACUGUAGGGGUCGGGAUUAA